GGCGCUAAUCACUCUGAACCGCAGACUUCGAUUCACCGCCGGGUCAUCGUCCCGUCCUCCUCUGAGGGAAUAAAAAAAUGAGUUCUCUGUAGUUUUGGUCGGUGUGAGAUUAACUGCUGUGUGUUUUCUAAAGCCGAGGAGUCAGAUCGUCAUUUGGCAGAUUUGCGUUGGUUUUCUUAGUAACUUAACGUCUUUGUUUUUAGUUGUGCACAGUUAUUUGCAAACAUGGCUCCAACGAUUCAGACACAAGCUCAACGGGAGGACGGGCACAGUCGGCCGUCCUCUCACAGAACUGUUCCAGAGAGGUCAGGAAUUGUCUGUCGAGUGAAGUAUUGCAACAGCUUGCCGGACAUCCCUUUUGAUCCCAAGUUCAUCACUUAUCCAUUUGAUCAGCACAGGUUUGUACAAUAUAAAGCCACUUCUCUAGAGAAGCAGCACAAACAUGAGCUCCUGACUGAACCAGACCUGGGUGUGACCAUUGAUCUCAUCAACCCGGACACCUACCGCAUAGACCCCAACAUUAUGUUGGACCCUGCCGAUGAAAAGCUGUUGGAAGAGGACAUCCAGGCUCCAUCCAGUUCAAAGAGGUCACAACAGCAUGCCAAAGUGGUGCCGUGGAUGAGAAAAACAGAAUACAUCUCCACAGAGUUUAACAGAUAUGGUGUCUCUAAUGAGAAAGUGGAAGUCAAGAUUGGAGUAUCUGUUAAACAGCAGUUCACUGAAGAAGAGAUCUACAAGGAUCGGGACAGCCAGAUUUCAGCUAUUGAGAAGACAUUUGAGGAUGCACAGAAAUCGAUCGCACAGCACUACAGUAAACCAAGAGUCACUCCUGUGGAGGUCCUGCCAGUGUUCCCUGACUUCAAGAUGUGGAUAAACCCAUGUGCUCAGGUCAUUUUUGACUCUGAUCCUGCACCCAAAGACAUAUCCGCUCCAGCUGGAGUGGAAAUGAUGUCUCAGGCCAUGAUCAGAGGAAUGAUGGAUGAAGAAGGAAAUCAGUUUGUGGCCUACUUCUUGCCAAAUGAGGACACUCUUCGCAAACGCAAGAGAGAUUGCGAUGAGGGUGUUGAUUACAUGGCAGAGGAUGUGUAUGACUACAAGAUUGCAAGAGAAUACAACUGGAACGUUAAGAACAAAGCCAGCAAAGGCUAUGAGGAGAACUACUUCUUCAUCUUCAGGGAUGGAGACGGUGUCUACUACAAUGAGCUGGAGACUAGGGUGCGUUUGAGCAAGAGAAGAGCAAAGGCCGGAGCACAGUCCACUACAAACGCUGUGCUGGUGUGUAAGCACAGAGAUAUGAACGAGAAGGAGCUGGAAGCCCAGGAGGCGCGUAAAGCUCAGCUGGAGAACCAUGAGCCAGAGGAUGAGGAGGAAGACAUGGACAUGGACAAAGACAUGCAGGAUUCUGGUGACGAGAAGGAGAAGGGCAGCGGCAGCGAGGCAGAGAACUCCGGGAGCGACUCCGAGAGGGAAGGCGAAGACCGCGAACAAAGCGGAGAAGAGGAGGACGAGGAGGAGGACCGGGCCAAGAGGCGGAGGAAGGCCAGCGCCAGCGGGAGCGAGAGCGGCGAGGAGAGGACCAGAGAAAUGCGAGAUGAGGAGGAGAUCUUUGGCAGUGACGACGACAGCGACGACGACAACGAGCCAAAGAACUCGGCCAGGAGCAGCGGGGAGGAGGGCAGCGACAGUGAGGAUGAGCAGCACAACAGACGGGCCAGCAGAAGUCGCAGUGGCUCCCCGGCACACAGUGACCGGAGCAGCGACCACUCAGAGACUCACGCUCAGAGUGGAAGUGGAAGUGAGAGAGGCUCGGACUCCAGCGAGGCCAGUGACAGUGAAUAAGGCCCGGACAGCCGCCGGUCCCGCAUGAGCAUUCAGCUCCAAAUGCAGAACCGAUGCUCAGUCAUUUAGCCAAAUAGCAAGGUCCAAGGUUGUGGCCCUGUUUUUUUCGGGGGCAAGGUGGGCUUUUUCGUUUUUGAUCUAUGUGUAAAACGCUCUUUGCUUUCAGACUGAUGACAUCUCUUUUCAACCUGGUUUUUACUCAAUAGCUGUUCGUACACCAUUCCUCUGUGUCGUCUGUCAGUAAGGAUCAUGUAAAAAAUAUCGCUUUUGACAUUCUGUUGUUACACAGCUUUUGAAGCUGAUAAUAAAUCAGAUUUGAUCAAAGAGUCGA